UUUGGUACUAUCGUCGUUGUCGGUGGUGGGCUGGUGGCAAAUGGGCGACAGCAAGUUGUUGUGCUCUCAGAUGGCGGUGUGGUGAGAAUUUGUGUGGUGGCGGUGCAAUGCGCGUUUUUUCUUCCCGGUCCCGGGAGUCGUCUCUUCCACGGUUAGCCCGCAGCUGGUCGAUCGGCCAUUUUGAGAAUUUUUGGUCGGGGGAAAAGGAAAAAUUCUUUUCCUAUCAAUUUUUUUUAUUGACCAUUUUGUUUAUGUAUUUUCGAGAUUUUAAUCCCUUGACCGAUUCCCGUAAGUCGUCGAUUAAACAAUAAAUUAUGACAGUGCCCGAUCGUUUGCGAAUAUCGCCGUCGUUCCGCCGAACCAGCCUCGUCCGAUUUUGAGGUAAGCCCGUGAUGAUACACUAUAAGGCUUGAUUAACUUGGCAGUACAGAGACGGUUUCGAUUAAAACUUAGAGUUGACCGUGCAGCGAACGUUCGGCGCAGCACGCUAAAAAAUCAGCUGUACGUCGUUGGUUAAUGACAACUCGUUCGUUGGGAGCCCUGGAAGGUAAAAAAGCGAACGCAAUGGGCAACGCCGCGACGGCUAACAAGAAAGGCGACUCGGCUGAGAGCGUCAAAGAGUUCCUCGACCAGGCCAAAGAGGACUUCGAGGAGAAGUGGAAAAAGAACCCCACGAAUACGGCGGCCCUUGAAGACUUCGACCGUAUCAAGACGUUGGGUACGGGUUCGUUUGGCCGUGUCAUGAUUGUACAACAUAAGGCUUCCAAGGAGUAUUAUGCUAUGAAAAUACUUGACAAACAGAAAGUGGUGAAGUUGAAACAGGUAGAACACACGUUGAACGAAAAGAGAAUUUUACAAGCAAUUAGUUUCCCGUUCCUCGUCAGUUUGAAAUACCACUUCAAGGACAAUUCCAAUUUAUAUAUGGUGCUUGAAUAUGUGCCGGGAGGUGAAAUGUUCUCUCACCUGCGAAAGGUUGGCCGUUUCAGCGAGCCACAUUCGCGUUUUUACGCGGCUCAAAUAGUGCUAGCAUUCGAGUACCUACACUAUCUUGACCUAAUCUACAGAGAUCUCAAGCCAGAAAACUUGCUGAUCGAUUCGCAGGGCUAUUUGAAAGUGACUGACUUUGGUUUUGCGAAACGUGUCAAAGGGCGAACAUGGACCCUGUGUGGUACGCCUGAAUAUUUGGCGCCCGAAAUUAUAUUAAGCAAGGGAUAUAACAAAGCCGUCGACUGGUGGGCUCUUGGAGUUCUAGUAUACGAGAUGGCUGCUGGUUACCCACCAUUCUUUGCCGACCAACCUAUACAGAUAUACGAGAAAAUUGUCUCGGGCAAAGUACGUUUCCCAUCACAUUUUGGUUCUGACCUAAAAGACCUACUGAGGAACUUGCUGCAAGUGGAUCUAACCAAACGAUUUGGAAACCUGAAGAAUGGUGUCAACGAUAUUAAAGGACACAAGUGGUUUGCAUCAACAGAUUGGAUUGCCGUGUUUCAGAAGAAAAUUGAAGCUCCGUUCAUUCCUAGGUGCAAAGGACCAGGAGAUACAAGCAAUUUUGAUGAAUAUGAGGAAGAAGCAUUGAGAAUCUCUUCAACAGAAAAAUGCGCCAAAGAGUUUGCCGAGUUUUAAGUUCCUAGUGAAGUCACAUUUUAAAUCUCCAAUGUUAAUGCAAUUUUUUCUUCAUGCAAUGUUGACAAAAAAAAAAAAAAAAAUUAAAAAUUAUUCUAUGUUCUGAAUGAUUAAAUCUAUUGUGUAAAAUGCUAAA